AUGACACAAAAAAAGCGAAAUCAAGGCAAUUCCGGCAAUUCAGAGCAGAACGGUAACCCCUCAGACUCAGACGAAGUUACACUACCAGAGGAAGCAGGAUUUCUCAUUCAAAUCGCUUUUGAGGAAUUUGAAGAGAUUAUAAUCAAUUACCCGCAUCACGCCGCCUACUGCUUCGCAUCGAUUACCCGCUUAGUGGAUACAACUGAAAGUCUGUCGCACUUCGCACGGCGGUUGGGAAUGUGGCUGUGGAUAGAAGUUCUCGCUUUUCAAACUGAGGAACCUCUGGACCUCAUGGAAUUCGUCGAACAGUUUGAAAUCGAUCUGGAGACCAUCCAGACCGGGAUUAACGAACUUGUGGACGUCGGAGAAUUUGAGAUUGAAUGGGAACAGGAAAAUCAAACCAAACUCGUACCUCGCAUGUCUAAAGAGACAGUGAUCCAUUUUGCUGCCCAGGUCUUGAGUGGGAUAAGGGCAGGAAAACAGGAGGAAGGAGUAGAGCCUUAA